AUGAAUAAAUGUCUUCUUGCAGCACCCGAAGAUGCUCAACGAAAUUUCAGACGGAUAAAUUUGACAGUAACAGAAAAAUUAAGAGGACAAGCAAAUUUCAGUUAUGUUGCACUCAUCCCAAAGCCCAUAUCUUCGUCUGAUUCGGACUCUUCUUUGACCUCCACCUUUGCUGGCUUGACUUCUUGCGGGGCUUCAGUCUUACUUGAUGCUGCCGCAGCAGGUGCAGAAGAGACAACAGCACCGGAUGAUGGUAUGGAGGAUAACUUCGUAGAUCCUUCAGCAAUUAGUUGUGGUAUAUCUUUGCCAGAUAUCGAAGACAACAGCUACAAAGUUAACUUGUAACUGUUAACUUACUUUGUCGAGUCUCUCAGAAUCAUGUUCAAUGCCAACAGAAUUUAGGACAGUUUUGAUAUCAUUUUCCGUAGGUUUCUCCUUACCACCUAACUGACAGAGAAGAAACGCAGCCAAGUAACGCAUCACGCCUGGAAUUCACUAAUUCCGCGAGU